AUGGGGACCUCAGAUCCACGUCCUUCCUGGCUUCUUGCAGGGAUGGACCCUAAAUCGAGCUAUCUGUUGGAGAUAAAGCUCGUUGGCAACCCUAGAUGUAGGAAGGAAGUCUCUUGCUUUAUUAUCAGUAUGGUUGUAGACUCCGACACCUGCAAUUUCAAGGAUCUUGUUGAUGAAAUUGUGGAAAAGUAUCCUCCUGGUUAUGAAGAACUUGUGACUGUUGCCUACUAUGAUGCUGCUAGUAGAAACCAUUUAGAAGUCAAAACACAUCAAGAAUUGCUUGCGAUGUUUGCCAAACAUGUUGAUAGCAAGGUGGUGCACAUGGCUAUUGCAUACACUCUACCCUCCGAAAUCCUCGAGUGGCCUAAUCUUUGA